UUUACAAGUAUUUUGUGUCUUUACAAAAAGCACAUGAACAUGAUUGCAUCAUCCGUAAAUCCACUAUCCCAUGUAUCUGUUUCCGUUGACGUCAUAAAGCGUGUCUCUCAUCCACGAGACAUUGCUUAGAACUUUGGAAAAAUCAGUGUUUUCACAAUCAGUGUGUUUCGGGCGGCGGUCGAGUGCGCGCGUAAAAUUCAAACAUGGCGAAUUUAGCCGUAUUUGAUUUCGAUCGUACUAUUGUUGACGAUGAUUCGGACGCGACAAUAAUAAAUAGAUUGAGAGAAAAGAAGCCGCCGCCUGAAUGGGAAGCUGGAAACCACGAUUGGACUCCAUACAUGAGCGAUGUAUUCGAGCACGCAUACUCAGCAGGACUAAGCCAGGAAGACAUCCUUGACUCCAUAGCGUCCAUGCGGCCGACUCCAGGAGUUGAGAAGCUCAUCACCUCUCUAGCAGCUGAAGGAUGGGACAUAGUGCUGAUCACAGAUGCUAACACCGUCUUUGUACAACAUUGGCUCAAAGUCCAUGGUUUGUUGAGCAAGAUAACAAAAAUAAUAACGAACCGGGCGUUCUGGCAAGGAGACCGCCUUUUCAUAGAGCCUUGUAUGCGCCAGUCGAGUUGCCCACGGUGUCCGAGCAACCUGUGCAAGUCCCGCGCGCUGGUCGAGUGGUGCGCCAGUCACUCGUACGCCAGGAUGGUGUACUGCGGCGAUGGGAGGAAUGAUUUCUGUCCUGCUACCUUCUUGCCGGCUAAUGCAAUUGUCUUCCCUCGUCGUGGCUACCCACUAGAUGACUUGAUCAAGAAGACCAUGGCUACACAAACUCCUCAAGUCAAAGCAAGGAUCGUGCCCUGGUCAGAUUGCUACUCCAUCCUCCAAACUAUCUUCCCUGGCAAGUUUGUUGAGGCAAACACACCUACAACACAACAAAUGUGAUAUUAUUUUUUAAGUUUCUAUUUAUAGGUGGGAGCACACGGAUUAAACGUAGAGAGCGCUCUAGGCAAGCACCUCAUAGACGCUUCUAAGGGUUCAUAAGCACUAUGCGGUUACCCGCAAACCCAAAUUUUCUUGGCGUUGCCGCGUCGUCGCUCUAUGGGUAGUUGGGCACCGCGGCUACUCUCUAUAAUCCAACGCCUUUAGCCAAACGCCACUUUAGUGCUUGUCUACAGAGAGAGUAGAAAACUUAAUGUAUGCUUCGGCACUGCUGG